AUGCGGGGGGCUCUGACGCCCCUGUCUUCGCUGCUGCUGCUGCUGCUGGGGUGCGGGCCGAGGGCGGCCACCGGAGGCGGGGCCGGCGGGGCCGCGGGCUACGCGCCGGUGAAGUACGUGCAGCCGAUGCACAAAGGACCCGUGGGGCCGCCCUUCCGCGAGGGCAAGGGCCAGUACCUGGAAAUGCCUCUUCCGUUGCUGCCGAUGGACCUGAAAGGCGAGCCUGGUCCGCCUGGGAAACCCGGGCCUCGGGGGCCCCCUGGCCCUCCUGGCUUCCCAGGAAAACCAGGCACUGGAAAGCCAGGACUCCAUGGGCAGCCUGGCCCUGCCGGCCCCCCUGGCUUCUCCCGGAUGGGCAAGGCUGGUCCCCCAGGGCUCCCGGGCAAGGCUGGACCACCAGGACAGCCAGGGCUUCGGGGUGAGCCAGGGAUACGAGGGGACCAGGGCCUUCGGGGGCCCCCAGGACCUCCUGGCCUCCCUGGGCCCUCAGGCAUUGCUGUCCCUGGAAAGCCAGGCCCCCAAGGGGUGCCAGGGCCCCCAGGAUUCGGAGGGGAGCCAGGGCCCCAGGGGGAGCCGGGGCCCCCAGGGGAUCGAGGCCUCAAGGGGGAUAAUGGAGUGGGCCAGCCAGGGCUACCUGGGGCCCCAGGGCAGGGGGGUGCCCCUGGACCCCCUGGCCUCCCUGGUCCAGCUGGCUUGGGCAAACCAGGUUUGGAUGGGCUUCCUGGGGCCCCUGGAGAUAAGGGUGAGUCGGGGCCUCCCGGAGUACCAGGACCUAGGGGGGAGCCAGGGGCUCUGGGCCCAAAAGGGCCCCCUGGGGUGGAUGGUGUGGGGAUACCAGGGGCAGUAGGGGUGCCAGGGCCACAGGGCCCAGCAGGGGCCAAAGGGGAACCAGGAACCCGGGGCCCCCCUGGCCUGAUAGGCCCCACUGGCUAUGGGGUACCGGGACUGCCAGGCCCCAAGGGGGACAGGGGCCCAGCUGGGGUCCCAGGACUCUUGGGGGACAGGGGUGAGCCAGGUGAGGACGGGGAGCCAGGGGAGCAGGGCCCGCAGGGCCUUGGGGGGCCCCCAGGACUUCCAGGGUCUGCUGGACUCCCUGGCAGACGUGGGCCCCCUGGGCCCAAGGGGGAGACAGGGCCUGGAGGACCCCCAGGAAUGCCUGGUAUUCGGGGUGACCAGGGGCCUAAUGGCCUGGCUGGGAAACCUGGGCCUCCAGGAGAGAGGGGGCUCCCUGGGGCCCAUGGACCCCCUGGACCAACUGGGCCCAAAGGUGAGCCGGGUUUCACGGGCCGCCCUGGGGGACCAGGGGUGGCAGGAGCCCUGGGGCAGAAGGGCGACUUGGGGCUCCCUGGGCAGCCAGGCCUAAGGGGCCCCUCAGGAAUCCCAGGGCUCCAGGGUCCAGCUGGUCCUAUCGGGCCCCAGGGACUGCCAGGCCUGAAGGGCGAACCCGGCUUGCCAGGGCUGCCUGGAGAGGGGAAAGUGGGGGAACCCGGAGUGGCUGGGCCUACAGGGCCCCCUGGGGUCCCCGGUUCCCCAGGACUCACUGGCCCUCCUGGGCCUCCGGGGCCUCCCGGUCCCCCUGGUGCCCCUGGGGCCUUUGAUGAGUCUGGCAUCGCCAGCCUGCACCUGCCCAAUGGUGGCGUGGAGGGCGCUGUGCUGGGCAAGGGGGGCAAGCCGCAGUUCGGGCUAGGAGAACUGUCGGCCCACGCCACACCCGCCUUCACCGCCGUGCUCACCUCACCCUUUCCCGCCUCAGGCAUGCCUGUCAAAUUUGACCGGACUCUCUACAAUGGCCACAGUGGCUACAACCCGGCCACCGGCAUCUUCACCUGCCCUGUGGGCGGGGUCUACUACUUCGCUUACCACGUGCACGUCAAGGGCACCAAUGUGUGGGUGGCCCUGUACAAGAACAACGUGCCAGCCACGUACACCUAUGAUGAAUACAAGAAGGGCUACCUGGACCAGGCAUCCGGCGGGGCCGUGCUCCAGCUGCGGCCCAACGACCAGGUCUGGGUGCAGAUGCCGUCGGACCAGGCCAACGGCCUCUACUCCACCGAGUAUAUCCACUCCUCCUUUUCAGGGUUCUUGCUCUGCCCCACAUAACACCAUGGCGGCCUUGCCGCCUUGGCCUCUUCUUCUUUAGUGGUAGAGAGACCUUCUCAGUUACAAGAACCUCCAUUUAAAGAAAAAAACCAAAGGCUGAACAGA